CGGUGCACUGCAUCCGGCUGGCUGCUUCCCCGGCCCAGGGACGACUCCACCCCUCCGGCAGACGAAGGCAUGGCGAACACAGAGGAGCGAAGGGAGUGCGAGACGGAGAGCUGCAGCAAAGAUGCCAAACUUCAGUGUCCCACGUGUAUCAAGCUUGGCAUUCAAGGCUCCUAUUUCUGUUCCCAGGAAUGUUUCAAAGGGAGCUGGGCAUCUCACAAGUUGCUGCACAAAAAAGCAAAGGAGGACAAGAACCAGAAUGAAUGUAAGAACUGUGUGGAGAAAGACAUCAACACAGACCCAUGGCCUGGCUACCGCUACACGGGGAAACUCCGCCCCUACUACCCAUUGACACCUUUACGGCCUGUACCCAAUGAAAUCCAAAGACCUGACUAUGCUGAUCAUCCUAGAGGUAUGUCUGAAUCAGAACAGUUUCUGAAGGGAACAUCACAGAUCAAGAUCCUCCCUACUGAGGACAUCGAAGGCAUGAGAGUGGUAUGCAAGCUGGCACGAGAAGUCCUGGAUAUCGCAGCUGUAAUGGUGAAACCUGGCGUUACAACAGAAGAAAUUGACCAUGCAGUACAUCUGGCUUGUACUACAAGAAACUGCUACCCUUCUCCUCUUAACUAUUACAACUUCCCCAAAUCCUCCUGCACAUCUGUCAAUGAAGUCAUCUGCCAUGGAAUCCCGGACAGAAGACCACUACAAGAUGGCGAUUUGCUUAAUGUGGACAUCACCGUCUACCACAAUGGUUUCCAUGGUGACCUUAAUGAGACCUUCUAUGUUGGGGAAGUGGAUGAAGGAGCAAAGAAACUGGUUCAGACUACAUAUGAAUGCCUUAUGCAAGCUAUAGACUCUGUGAAGCCUGGCGUCCGCUACAGAGAGCUUGGUAACAUAAUCCAGAAGCACGCGCAGGCUAAUGGCUUCUCUGUGGUGCGGAGCUACUGUGGUCACGGCAUCCACAGGCUUUUCCACACUGCGCCAAAUGUGCCACAUUAUGCCAAAAACAAAGCAGUUGGUGUUAUGAAGCCAGGACAUGUGUUUACCAUUGAGCCCAUGAUAUGUGAAGGUGGCUGGCAAGACGAGACCUGGCCUGAUGGCUGGACAGCGGUCACCAGGGACGGAAAGCGCUCGGCUCAGUUUGAACACACCCUUCUGGUCACAGACACAGGCUGCGAGAUCCUCACCCACCGCCUCGAAGACAACGGUCGGGCUCAUUUUCUGAGCCAAAUGUAGGCUGGACUGGAACACGCGCUCAGAGGACUGGACUAAACGGACGUAGUGACAUCCAGCAUGUCUGGAUUUCAUGUAUAUGUUCAAACGAGAAUACUGAUCCUGGAGCUCGGUGUCACCGUGUCUCAUGUUCUUUCAAUUAAAUAUCAGCCCUCAAAUUAAAUGGAUGUACUUGAAUGUGUCAUAUGUGGAUUGAUUUGAUAGUGAAGUGUUUUUGUUUCUCUGAAGGAAAUAUUAAAAUUUAUGAAAAAGGGA